AGCUACGAACCAGUCAGAAGCGUGUCACAUUCGUACGUGAGAGUUUAGUAGCGAAUCUAACGAGCUGAUUUUAUAAAAAUUCAAGUACAUUUUUUCCAAGUAAAAGACUGUGAAAUUGUGCAAUUUCAAAAGCAAGUGCAUAAAACCUAAAAAAUAAAAAAAAUUGAAGAACUUCCUGGUGCAAGUGCAUAAUAUUUUAAAGUGUUCGAAGCACAAAAUUUAUAUAAGUAAUAAAAUAACAAAAAAUUAAAAUGGCUGCAAGUGCGAACGAAAGCAAAUCUACAGUGGCUCCGGCCAAUGGCACAGUUGCCAUCGAACAGGCCAAAGAUGUGCAGAAUCUUUUGCCACAUUUAGAAUCGCUGGAGCGUAUUAUCAAGUUACCAGUUGUGGGCGCGGCCUGGGACAAGAGUCAGGAUGUCUACCAAAAUGUCAAAGGCCGCAAUCGCGUCUUCAACUGGGCGCUCAACGCCGCUGAGGAUUGCGUCUCGCGCGCUGUCGUCACCGCCGCACCGAUUGUCUCGAAACUGGAUCGUCCCAUACAGUAUGUCGAUCAGACGCUCGUCAAGGGUAUUGACAAGCUGGAAGUGUCCGCACCCAUUAUUAAGGACACACCACAGGAAAUUUACAAUCAAGCUAAAAACAAAGUGGUCGAAGUCGUGCAGCCACAUAUUGAACGCGUAACGAAAUUCAAAACAGCUGGCCAACAGAAAGCGGCUUCUUUGAAGGAUUUGGCGUGGGCCAAGGCUAAUGAGGUGUUGGCUACGCAGUAUGGCAGUCUGGCGGUUUCGGGCGUUGAUACCACAACCGCUUUGGCGGAGCGUCUGCUUGAAUACUAUUUCCCCAAAAGCGAAGGCGAUGUCGAGGAGGAGAAUGAUAAUAAACAAAUUGCUGUCGCGCAAAAUGGCAAACACAUUGAAAAUGACAUACCAGUUUCCGCCACCGAGGACCCCGUACUCCACACAGUACAGACUGUUGGCCGACUCUCCCACAAGAUCUCGCGUCGUGUCUAUCAGAACGUGUCCAGACAAAUCAAGCGAAUGCAAAAAGGAAAUAUAAAUGACUAUCUGAGCUCACUCAUCGCCGCAUUGAAAUUGCAUCAAUACAUCAAUUUCAUCAACUCAUCCAUGGGCACGAAUGUCGAGCAGUCCAUUGCCGACGUUAGUGCCAACAGCAAUAACACAAACGUUGCCACGGCGAACAACAGCAACAAGACUACACCAACAACAUCAACGGCUGUAGCGGCGGCACCGGCGGCGCCAACCACGCCCACAACUGCGUCGUCCGCUUCGCCAAACGCCUCAUCGGCGACAAAGCGUAGCAACCAAAACAAGUCGCCGAAUUCAACGCCGCCAAGGGCGAACUGAGCCAUAAAAGCAACAAAAACAAAAAUAAUACAUAUAAAUAUUAUUAAAUAAUUUACAAAAUAAUAAUACUUGAAUUGAGUAGAAUUUAAAGCAAAUGAAUGCGCGUAAAUAUUUUAUGAAAAUUUAUAUUUUAAAAAUAUUUUUUAUGCAAAAGUCAGCAGCAAGCGUUGAAGAAGUUUUCCUUUAAAAAUUAUAUAAAUAUUUUUUAAUGUGUAAAAGUGUUAAUUUAAAACGGAAUUAGGCGCCGUAUAUGGGCGGGCCUCUAUGGCUCGGCGUAUACUUUUCAAGCGAAAAAAAAUAGAAAAAACACAUACAUAUGUAAUUGCAAAAGCACUACAGCGCCUAAUCUUCUACACACAUACAUACAUAUAUAUAUAUUUGUAUAUUUGUCUAUUUUAGACAUUAAGCUCUUAAUUUAAACAAUUAGUUAUUGUAUAUGAUAAUUAUAUACAAAUAUUUGUAGUUUAGCUGCGCUAAAGAUACAUAAAUAUAAUACAUAUUUACUUUGCUUAAGUACAUACAUACUUACACGCAUAAACUUUCACACAUUUUCUUUUGAAAUAUGUUUCUUCCAACUACAUAUUUUUAUGAGAGAAUAUUCAUCAACGUAUUUUAACUAUAAUACAUAUGUAUAACUUCAUAUAUAUAUACGAGUAUAAUUACAUAAUGAUUAUAUGAAUAUGCAUUACAAUAAUUAUGCUGAAAUAAUAAAGAAGUGAAGUACAUAAGAAAACAAAUGA